AUGUCUGAAGAAAAAGAAACGGUAGACGUAAAACAACAGUACGUAGAUUCUGAUGGGGUCAACGAUUUGAUGGCACUCAAAUCAAACCCGGAUGUGGCUCUUAAAUUAUUAGAAGAAAACGAUGAGAUAGAAUAUACACCGGAAGAAGAAAAGAAGCUUUUACGUAAAAUAGAUAGACACAUGAUAUUCUUCAUGUUCUUUACUUAUUUCUGGCAAUUUAUGGAUAAGAAUACAUUGUCCAAUUCCGCCGUGUUUGGUCUUUCUGAAGAUCUCAAUUUACACGGUCAACAAUAUUCUUGGGCCGGUAGUUUAUUUUACUUUGGUUAUCUUGUGGGUCAACCCAUUGCAAGUAGAUGUUUCCAAUUAUUACCAAUCCCUAAAUAUGUUGCUAUUUGUUUUGUUUGCUGGUCAAUUAUAUUAGUUUGUACUACUGCCACUGAGAAUUUCGCUGGAUUGGCAUGUAUCAGGUUUUUCUUGGGAGUAGCUGAAGCAACAGUUUCUCCAGCUUGGGUUAUCUUAACUUCAAUUUGGUACAAGAAAGAUGAGCAACCACUUCGUGUCACUUCAUGGUUCAUCGGUAAUGCUGUUGGGGUUAUAUUUGGUGGAUUAAUUGCUUAUGGAUUGGGUCAUAUCCAUUCUUCUAUUGCUUCUUGGAAAUGGUUUUAUGUUAUUUAUGGUAUUAUUACUUUCUUUUGGGGUUGGGUUAUAUUCUUCUUCCUUGCUGAAUCUCCUGCGACCGCUAAAUUUUUAACUGAUAGGGAAAGACUUAUCGCAGUUCAAAGACUUAGAGAUAAUAGAACAGGUAUCAAAAAUACUACUUUCAAAAUAGAACAAGCAAAAGAAGCUUUGUUGGAUCCUCAAGUAUGGCUCAUUGUACUUCUUGAAUUUGCUGGUUGUUUACCAGCAGGUGGAAUCCAAAAUUUCGGUAAUAUUAUCAUCAAAUCUUUCGGCUUUUCCGCUUUCGAUACUGUCUUGAUAAAUAUGCCUUCAGGUGUAGUCCAAGGUUUAACUUUGACCAUUGCUGGGGUUAUUAUUAGUAAAGUACCUAAUUUUUGUUGUGAUAUGCAAUCAAUCGCUAUGAUCCCGUGUAUUAUUGGUACCACAUUGGUGAAAAAAUUACCCAACUCCCCCAAUUCUACUAGGGCAGGUAAGAUGGUGGCUUUCUGGAUUCAAUAUAGUAACACUGUUGCUAAUGUUGGUAUUUUCACCUUAAUGACCAGGAAUAUUUCUGGAUUUACCAAGAAGACUGUUGCCAGUUCUAUGAUUUUCAUAGCUUAUUGUGUGGCUAUGAUUGCAGCUCCACAAUUUUUCAAAGAAGAUCAAGCUCCAGGCUAUGAAGAAGGUUUCAAUAUGAUGAUCUCCGGUUGGGUAGUAUCAUUAGUCCUUCCUCAAAUCUUGAAAUACUACUAUAAAUACGAAAAUAAGAGAAGAGAUAAGAGAGAAGAAGUUAGCGUAUUGAAUGAAGAAUUCUUUGAUUUGACAGACAAGGCUCAACAUGGGUUUAGGUAUACUUUGUAG